CGUGCCUCCGGUAGCUCCCCUCCCGUGUCGGAUACAGGGCUCCAUCGUCGCUACGGCGCCCUGCUUGUUUAUUCCUGCGGCAGCGGCGGCCAUUCUCGGACGACAGCGCAGAGGACUGAGCAGACGCGAGAGGACAAUCGUGUCCCUCACGGAUGUCUCAACAAGCGCAGCAGCCGGUUCCCGCCGCCCCGGACUCUCCCGCGCUGGUGGUCACCAGCAACGUGCAGAAAUAUGCCAUCAAGAAGAAGAAAGUGCUGAGUGCGGAAGAAACGGAGCUGUUUGAACUGACCCAGGCUGCAGGGAUCACUGUGGACCAGGAGGUCUUCAAGAUCAUAGUGGACCUGUUAAAGAUGAACGUGGCCCCUCAAGCGGUCUUCCAGACCCUGAAGGCGAUGUGUGCAGGCCAGAGGGUCGCUGAGAGCUGCAGCGGCAUGGAGUCUUCAGCCGCCUCCCACACGACCAGCAUCACCACAGCACCUACAGAGGUCAGAGAAGAGGACUCUUUGGUCUCUGGAAAGAGCCCUAAGCCUCCUGCAGCUCCCCCCUCAGCGUCUGGCCCCAGAGCCACAAGGGUGAACACUAAGAUUGUGGUCUACGGCCCCCAAGACGCUAGCUCUCCUCACUCUCAAGUGCGCAGUAAAGCUGGAGCGAGCCACAGCGAGAAGAGCAGAGAGGCCUCCAGCCAGCGAGUGCAGCGGCAGCCCAGUGCCACCAGGGGGCAGAAGACCAAGAGCUCCGGCAGCAGUAGUUCCUCCUCUCAGAUAAACUCCACAUAGGACUCAGGUCAAUACGAGACCGUUUGUAAAUAUGCUGUUCUCUUAACAUUUAAUUUAUCUGUAUGUUUUAAAGGGUCGGUUCACCUAAGUCAAACCAUAAUUUCUCACUAUUGGUAAUUUUGGUUUUGGCAAUAACUGUGGCUUCUACCUCUAAACUGACACAAAGAUGUCCAGUCUCCGUCAGGGGUUUUCAAGGAUAACACAGAGUAAAUUAAUAUAAACGUGCCUCUUCCCAACACCCCAGUCUACUCAAAGAAUAAGAAUUAUAAACUUUAUUCAGCAAAUAAAGUGCUUUAAAUGGUUGAACCAGGAUUAAAAUGUAUAUGCUGUCAGAAUUUGAGCCUUGUUUUGCAAAUUUGACACUGUUAAAAGUAUGCCGAAUGAGCUUUUAGCACUUCCUGUUUGAAGAACUGAAGAAAAACCAAAAAACUUGAUGGUUUUCAGGCAAAUUCUGGAGUUACAAGGACUGCAUUAAAAUAAUCUAUCUCUCUAAUCUCUCUGAAAACCUGUGCUCUGGAUAAUCCACAGACCUCACUGUGAACACUCUUCGUAGGGAGUUUGGUUCAACAUACUGUAGUUCCAAUGCAAACUGUUCACUGUGAGGUCUGUGAUGAAAGACGGAUAUCUCAAAACUGGAAAAUCAAAUAAAAAGCCACCUGCAUGACCUAGAAACAUACUACUGAUGUUAAGUGAGAAAAUAUGUGUUUUAGUUGUUUCUGUAAUUUGGGUAAACCAAUCCCUCUUAAAGUUCUAACAAAGCGUAAGAAAGUCCUGAGUGUCUCGUCAUUUUCGUGCUGGCAGAUGUUACUGUAAGUGAGUGAAGCCUUUUCUCUGGUUGCCAUGUAACGUUUAUGAGAAUGCAAAAAAACAAAACAAAGAAACAACAAAAAUAUUUAGUUUUUUUUUUUUUUUUACUGAAAAAUGAAAAUGUCUGUAUUCAAUGUGAAACUUUUUAUAUGAUUAAUGAAUAAAUCCAAUAACAAUAUA